CUGCGGGGGCGGCUGCGGAGGCAGCGCGGGGAAGGCAGCGAGGGCUGCCCCGCAGCUCGGGCACGGCGGAGCCCGCACCCCGCGGACAGAAGUUGACUGCUGAAAAAGGAGCAAUAAAGAAAGAAGGCAAAAAAUAAUUAAGGCAAAUCAAAUAAUAAAUCAUAAUUAAAAAAAAAAUAAAGCCAGGAAGCGCUCAACCCCUCCGCGGCUGCCCCGGAGGGAUGAGGCGGAGCGCGGCCGGCGGCUGCGGGCAUGACCCGGGGCCGGAGCGGGGCUGAGCGGCGGCGGUGUGAGCGUUGGCCCCGGAGGGCCGGGCCGGGGCGGCGGGGACGCCUCCCGCCCUGCCCAGCCGCCGCGCAUCCUCCGGCACCGCCUGCGCGGGCCGUGCCGAGCCGUGCCCAGCCGUGCCGGGCCGCUCGGUCCGAGCCGUGCCGAGUCGGGGUGAUCCGAGCUGCGCCGAGCGGUAGGAUGAGGGGCGUCCUCUACUUCUGCACGCUGAUCCUCCUGGAAGGUAUGGCGGAAGCUGUCAGCUCAAGCAGGGACUGCCUUCAAGCAGGCGAGUCCUGUACCAAUGACCCCAUCUGCAGUGCCAAAUUCAGGACCCUCCGGCAAUGCAUCGCAGGCAACGGAGCCAACAAGCUGGGCCCUGACGCCAAGAACCAGUGCCGGAGCACUGUGACAGCCCUGCUCUCCAGCCAGCUCUACGGCUGCAAGUGCAAGCGAGGCAUGAAAAAGGAGAAGCACUGCUUGAGUGUCUACUGGAGCAUCCACCACACGUUGAUGGAAGGCAUGAAUGUACUGGAGAGCUCCCCUUACGAGCCGUUCAUCAGGGGCUUUGAUUACGUCCGGCUGGCAUCCAUCACCGCAGGGUCCGAGAACGAGGUGACCCAGGUGAACCGGUGCCUGGAUGCCGCUAAAGCUUGCAACGUGGACGAGAUGUGCCAGCGGCUGCGGACGGAGUACGUCUCCUUCUGCAUCCGACGCCUGGCCCGGGCCGACACCUGCAACCGCUCCAAGUGCCACAAGGCUCUGCGCAAGUUCUUCGACCGUGUGCCGCCAGAGUACACCCAUGAGCUGCUCUUCUGCCCCUGCGAUGACACAGCCUGUGCCGAACGCCGGCGGCAGACCAUCGUUCCUGCCUGCUCCUACGAGUCCAAGGAGAAGCCCAACUGCCUGGCGCCUCUGGACUCCUGCCGGGAAAACUACGUCUGCAGGUCGCGCUACGCAGAGUUCCAGUUCAAUUGCCAGCCGUCCCUGCAGGCUGCCAGCGGCUGCCGGAGGGACAGCUAUGCUGCCUGUCUGCUGGCCUACACAGGGAUCAUAGGUAGCCCCAUCACACCCAACUACAUUGACAACUCAACGUCCAGCAUAGCUCCCUGGUGCACAUGCAAUGCCAGCGGCAACCGGCAGGAAGAGUGUGAGAGCUUUCUGCAUCUCUUCACCAACAAUAUCUGUCUCCGAAAUGCCAUUCUGGCCUUUGGCAAUGGGACCUACCUAAAUGCGGCUGUGUCCCCAUCCAUCCCCCCCACCACACAGAUGUACAAGCAGGAGCGAAAUGCCAACAGAGCUGUGGCAACCCUCAGAGAGAACAUCUUUGAGCACCUCCAGCCCACCAAGGUGGCUGGAGAGGAGAGGCUUCUGCAGGGCUCCACUCGUCUGUCAUCAGGGACCUCCAGCCCAGCAGAUUCUUCCCACUGGGCAGCCUCUCCGCUGCAGAUGUGGCUUCUCCUUGCUCUUGCCGUGCUGAGCCUCCUCAUGAUGUGAAGCAGGGCAGGCGCACGGCAGGCAGAGACUCUGUGUUGGUUUCUUUACAAAAACAACCAGAACAGUAACUCUUUCGGGGGAGGGAGGGAAGGAGGGAGGGGAUGGGAAGGAGAGGUGAGCAUGUGGGCAUCCCUUCCUCCUCCUCAUCAGUCUGCCAAUUUAUUUGAUUUUAUACAAUCAGCAUCAUUGACAACCAGCUCAUUCUUGGUCCUGGCCACCUUUCCACCCCACAGCUUGGUGGUUGUCUCUCCAGCUCUCUGUGGAUGGGGUCAGAGCCAUGGACAAUUACCUUGGAUAAAGUGAAGGAGAGAGCUGAGCCAGGAAAUGAGAGCUGAAAAGAAAUGCUUUUGCCUGCCCCAGACAAGCGGGGAAAGACUUUUGAUGGAUGAGUGGUCAGGAGGUUUCCUGAAGCCCUGACUCAUGUUGGGGGGCUCUUGACAGGACACAUAAAGUGCUGUGGAGCUGAGACUGCCUCCAGGGUUGCUCAGGACCUGAAGGGCAGCCCACCUGGUUCAGACUGAAGAAACCAGAACACCAGUCAGAAGGUUGUUGGUUUUGUUCAGAGGAGAGGAUCCUGAAGCACCUCUGGUGUGAACCAAGCAACCACGCUACAAACUGGCUGGCGGGGAUUAUCCACCUGCUUGAAACCAUGGCCAGUGUGCAACCAGCAUGCAUCUCCAAGCUGUCGCCUACCCCUCAGCCUCUCCUUUUUAGAGAAACAUGUCAUGUGUUGAUGGUGUUCAGGAAGAAACACGUGUGUUGUGUUAUGUUUAUGGCUGGCUGGCUUCAUGUCCCAACCCUAGCAGCUCUAUUCACUGGUCCCGUGAAGUGUUUGGGGUAGGUGGUUUUUUGUUACAUCCAAACAACCAGAGGCCAAUGUUGUCCCGCUCCAGGCUUAACCUUUCUCCAUGAAGGAUGAAUGUGUGAGCACACAGGCAGGACUCAAUGCGAGCCCAAUUCAACUCAUCCUCAUGUGCUACCUGUGCAUGGAGACGCAAGAGGGUCUUCAGUCAGGGGGUUUCUUUAGUUUUCCUAGGGAGAGACAGAAUAGAAGAGGUUUCCUAGCCACCACCCUGGGGACAUAAAUAUCCAGCCAGUUUGUGGAAAGGCCAGGUCAAAAGUUGUGUCAUGGGUAGGAAGUGGAUUGCUCCAUCCUGAAGAGCUGGCAGAGGCAAUCGCUUGUGCCUGGGUUAGCGUGUGAAGGGCAUUGCCUCCUGCCAAGUCCUGUCUACUCAGCUGAGACAUCAUUUAAGCAAAUGCUGGUGAAGCGACCUAUUCUACCGAGCUGCAAGCAGAGCCCCAGCUGGAGAGUGAGGACAAACAUCUCUCUGGUCUCUGGGACUACCUGAGCAUUUGGGGGUCUUCACUUGAGAAGGCGAGCUGAGGAUUCCCAGUGCCUUCUUGGGGGGUGGAACCCCUCGUUAGCUCAAGCCAAGAAAGAAGAUAGUAAAGAAGGGUGAGAAGGUUUCCCAGGAUAAAUCCUUCCCCAGGCUGACCACCAUGGGAGGCACAGGAAUAACUCCACAUUCCUGAGUAUUUAGGCCUGGGCUUUGCCGCAGCCCAUUUAUUCCUUGGUUUGUGUUCCUCCAAGGAACACUACUAGUUCCUUACCUUUUGGAUCCAUAGGAAGGCUUUGCAGCAGCUGACGCAGCAGUCCAAGGCUUUUUAUUCCCAUUCCCUGCAGAACACCUUCUGUUGCUUAUUGCUUCAGAUUCUUCUGAAAAACUGCAGCAACUUUCUUGGGUUCUGGUCCAAUAUGAAAUCAUUCUUGUUUUCAGUUGAACACCUGUGGACAUGUAAGACAUGCACAGAAAUCCUCCUGGCUGCAUCCUAUCCAAAGUUCUGCUCCUCGAGGUCCUCGGGGCUGUAGCACCUGGUUGUCCUAAUCCAGGGCGGUGCAAAGGAACAUGACAGGAUCCAAGUCUUGUGUGCAGGGUGCCAAGUCACACCCCAAAUUGAAAUUUGCAGGUGAGAUCUUCACUGCCAAGAGGCUCACCCAGAUCAGAAAAGCAGGCAGGGAGGUAGUACUACAGGCAGGAAAGCCCCUUGCCUCUCUUCAAAGUGCUGUAGCCGUGCAUUGAGUUGCUGUGAACAUCUCCCCUUUAUCCAGGACACUGGUGUCCUCUGAGAGACAGUGGAGCCAUCUGUGCAUCAAGUGACACAAGUCCUAGCUGCGACUCCGCAAAACUAAUGUCCUCUGGGCCACAGGUGAGAGAGGCAAUGAAACCCUGAUGCUCAGCCCUCCAAAGGCAAGGAACUACCUCCCCAUCAUGAGGUCAUGCUGUGAAUUGCCUUCUGCUGCCGCUUUCCUUUCAAGCCCUGUAGUCACAUCUAGCUCUUCUACACAUCUGGCCCUGACAAGCCUGUCUCCGUCAGCCUUUCACCUCAUGUGGGCUGAGCCUCUGCGUAGGAUGAGCAUGCAGGUGUCAGCUGCUUUCCAGGAGUACUCACUCCCACAAUCUCUCAUGGCUCCAUGCCUCUGUCUCAUAACUUGCUGGCGGUGAUGUUGAAAUGCCGCUCUGCUGUUUCCUUCUCUGGUUGGCAGCCAGCAGAGGCAGACUUUUUCUAUGUGGGCAGCGUGACCGGCAACCCCACUUCAGCUCUCCCUUAGGACUGGUAUGCUGUGGAAAACAGACAUGGAGAAUCCUACCUGUAGACUAGCAGGGAUGAAGGAGACCUCCAGAGGUUGCUUGGUCCAUUACCAUGUCCCACAGCAGGACCAAUGGUCUGUUUACACUCUCUGGCAGAUUUAGCUUAAAUGAUUUUUAACAGUUUCAGUAAAAGACAUCACCAUCUCCCCCGGAUUUAUACCUUGCUUUAAAGACUCCUUAGGAUGUUAGUUGUCUCUAAGCAUCACAGGCCAACAAGAUCCUUGAUUCCCAUUGCAGUGCCUUCUCAAGCCCUCAGUUUUGGAAGGAUGGUAGACCAACAGCUAAAAGUACCCUGAGGCUGCAGGAGGUGACAGCCAGCUACCAUGGAUCAUAUCACAGAUGCAUUGCAUGAGCAGCUCGAAAACCACAGCAACAGUCUGCCGGGAUCCUGCACAAACUGCAGUGAGGUAGUGCAAACGGGCAUCUGCUAGAGGGGGUUCCUCCCUGUGCUCUUGGUUGAAGCACCUCAAAAGCAUCUGAGGAGCUGAGGUUACAGGUCUGAAAAUGCAGCCCCUACCCUCAGCCUUCGUCCUGUGCGGUUGGACACAGCGUUCUUCAGGCACUGUCCCAGGCCAGGUCCUGCACUCCCGGCGGUUCCCCGUGCUCUGGGGAUGCUUCAAAACAGGGAAUGAGUGAGGCACAGAGUGAUGAGCCCCUCACCCAGCAGUAAAGAGCUGGGUGUUGGGAUGGGCAGGCAUAUUACACCGAUUUUUUUUUUAAAUAAUAAUAAUCCCCAAACCUGCAUGACUUCUUCCUGAUCAUUUCCCCCUUUUUGCCAAUAUUCGAUGUCAAUUCUCCUUCCAAGCCUGCUCACAAAUCAAACUUUGCAAAAAAAGGAUGCCUUUUGAGCAGCCCUUUUGGAGGAAGGAAGCCCGAUCACAUUCCUCCCCACUUGCAAACACCUGUGUGCACAGGCCAUUUCUUUUCCCUUGUGAAAAGUCAGACAUUUUUUUGGAUGAAAUUUCAUCUCUGUUGAACUCUGUGAAGUGAACCACGGACCUUCAUUUUUAAGUCUCUUGACUAACCACCAAGUUCACAGCAGCUGCUUGUAAAAGCAAAGGACUGAGCGAGCCAAGAGAGAGAAAGGGAGACCAUUUUGUUUUAGGAAUUACUCCAUACCUGGGGACUUUCGUAAGCACAAAGAAAAGUCAUGGGAGAAAAUAAUAAUAAUAUAUAUAAAAAAAAAAAAAAAAGAAAGGGAAAAAAGAAAAAAAGAUCCAGCCAGACUUUCUGUAGCCACCGAACUCUAUUUUUUUUGCUGCUCAGCACCAUUCCCAGUGGUUUGGCAGUUCUGGAAGCCUGUGCAAUAUUGUGUAUGUACAAACAUCACAUCGUUGUCAAAGCAAGAGCGUGAGCAGGGAGGGGGACACUGCGGCAGGGUGCCAGUGCUGGAGCAAUAACCACGUGGGGCGCAGGGUGAUGCUAAAGGCUGCGUGCGCAUGUGUGCACGCAUGCACCUCGGGGAGGCGGCUUGGUGCCUGCCUGUACUACUGGGGUAUAACUUGUACUUAUCUCUUCUGUACAUGUCAAUAUUCAAACAUAUCCAUGAAUAAAGCACACAUGCAUUUUCCUGA